UCAGGAUCUGGGUUUGGCAGUUGCUGGAGGUGAAACUGGUUUGACCAUGUCGGCCUUCGAGAAGCCUCAGAUCAUCGCCCAUAUCCAGAAGGGCCUCAACUACACGGUGUUUGACUGUAAGUGGGUGCCUUGCAGCGCCAAAUUUGUGACCAUGGGCAACUUCGCACGGGGCACCGGCGUCAUUCAGCUGUAUGAAAUCCAGCACGGAGACCUGAAGCUGCUUCGGGAGAUUGAAAAGGCCAAACCCAUUAAAUGUGGAACAUUUGGUGCAACAUCUUUACAGCAGAGAUAUUUAGCUACUGGAGAUUUUGAUGGAAACCUUCAAAUAUGGAAUUUGGAAGCUCCAGAGAUGCCAGUGUAUUCCGUCAAGGGCCAUAAAGAAAUUAUAAAUACUAUAGACGGUAUAGGUGGACUAGGAAUUGGGGAAGGAGCACCUGAAAUCGUGACUGGCAGCCGAGAUGGAACUGUGAAGGUGUGGGACCCAAGGCAAAAAGAUGACCCUGUUGCUAAUAUGGAACCCGUACAAGGAGAAAACAAGAGAGACUGUUGGACUGUGGCUUUUGGCAAUGCUUAUAAUCAAGAGGAACGUGUUGUUUGUGCUGGCUAUGACAAUGGGGAUAUCAAACUAUUUGAUCUCAGAAAUAUGUCAUUACGGUGGGAGACAAAUAUAAAAAAUGGGGUAUGUAGCUUGGAGUUUGACAGAAAAGACAUAAGUAUGAAUAAGUUAGUAGCUACAUCUCUGGAAGGGAAGUUCCACGUUUUUGACAUGAGAACACAGCAUCCAACCAAAGGUUUUGCUUCUGUUUCAGAAAAGGCUCAUAAAUCUACUGUCUGGCAGGUCCGACACCUGCCACAGAACAGAGAGCUCUUUCUGACAGCUGGAGGUGCUGGCGGCCUUCACCUCUGGAAGUAUGAAUACCCCAUUCAGCGUUCAAAGAAAGAUUCAGAAGGAGUAGAGAUGGGAGUUGCGGGUUCUGUCAGCCUUCUGCAGAAUGUCACGUUGUCUACCCAGCCCAUUUCAAGUUUGGACUGGAGUCCAGAUAAAAGGGGUCUCUGUAUUUGUAGUUCCUUUGACCAAAUGGUGAGAGUACUGAUUGUUACAAAACUCCAUAAAAUUUGAUCUGAAGACUUUGGACUUGAAGCCUUCCAGAGAGACACUUAUAGAAUUUAAGACAAGUUCUGGGACCUUCUGACCCUCAUGAACAAAGUUGGAUUUGGCUGAAGAAAAAUGGCCACAGAUGCAAAUCUCCAGGCUAGUCUCCAGCCUCUCUGGGUACAUUCGGUGACCUAACUGCAUGCUGGCUUGUGGCUGUUCAUGGGGACACCACAAUCUCCAGGGCCAGCUCUUUUCCUCUUCCAUUUCUAAUACAAAAUCAAUAGCUGUCUAUAUUUAAACAUAUUUUAAAUUUGUUCUGCAUCCUCAAAGUUCCAUAUUGUAUCUUUACACUUAUGUUUUAGUGUUUAUGCUAUUCUGGUUGGAAUCACUCCAUUUGGUCUAAAAUAGUUUGCCAUGGAAAAACUACUGUGAAGUAACCUUCAUAAAUAUAUUUUGAGAGAUUUCAGUGUCAGUAAGUUUCUGUACGAUAAAUUAUUUUAUAAAAUAUCAAAAUGGCACUGUCGGAUUCGAUUUAGUAACUAUUUUCAGCAAUGUAAUUCAUAAAAUGAAAUACUAUGAUUUGUGAAGACCUCUUUUUACUUAAAAUACGGAGUUGAAUUGGUGAGACUUUUAAUUAUUGACUAUGGUAAGUGAUGGUGAGAUAUAUAAGA